AGGAAACCACCCGCGCGCAGGGCGGCCGCCGGCAGGCCACAGGCGGGAUGGCUGGCAUCUCUGUCUCCUGAGGAUGAAGUGGCCCAGGUGAAGGCCAGGCCAGGCCUGGAUGGCCAGCACGGGGGCUCAGGCCCACUGGGCUGAGCCCAGCCUGGGGCAGGGGCUCCGGCGGCGGCGCUGGGCCUGGGCCACGGAGGAGAAGGGUGCGGAUAAAAGUGGCCCAGGGGGCUGGGGAGAAGAGCAGCCCUUCCCCGGCGCCCCCAGCCCCGAGCUCUUGGAGGACUUCCUCCUGGCCCAGCCGCACCCGCUGCCCCCGAAGUGGGGCCCAGACCUGCGGCCAGGCACACGUCAGGAUUCCUCAUCCGGGGAGUCUUCUGGAGAAGAGACUGGAGCCGAGGAUGUGGACAGCCCAGCUGCCUCCACCUUGCCUCUUGGCUGGCUGCCCCCGGCAGACCCGCAUUUGGACAUGACCCAAGAAGAGCCAGAUGAGCCCCUUGCAAGUGCCGAGGCUGAGGAGGGAGGGGAGAGCUCCCCGCCACUGGAGGAGGACGCUGGUCCCGGCUCGGAGGGCAAUGGAGACACCUGCCUUGUGGCCCUGGGCCAGGCUCAGGCCAGAGGCUGGACGGCCUCUGGCAGACAAGGCAGUGGAAACAGACUUCCAGAACAUUCUGAGGACAACUCAGCAAGGUCCUGGAGCAGUGGAACUGUGAGCCUUGGCCACCUUAGUGACAGUCUUGAUUCUCCCUGGGAAGGAGACCUCGAUGUCCCCGGGGCCCCCGCCCUGGAGGAAACCUUGCCACUGAACCCCAGCAACCACCCCCUAAACCCAGAUGUCAGAACUGGAAGCACCGUUGUCCCGGUGACCCCCACAGAAUUCCAGGACACAGCGGCCCCAGCCCAGCGCUCCGGGUGCGCUGCAGGCAGAUGGAGCAAAGACACCAUUGGCGUCUCCUGCCCUCAGCCGGAGGACCAGACCUGGAAGCGGACAAAGACAUCCCCGAAACCACUCCCUUCCCGAUUCACCGGCUCCAUCAGCCCCAUGAAUCCUCGGCCUAGGCCAGCCCAGAAGAAUAAGAUGCCGCCCAAGCAGGGAGCCACUCUGGCCAGCCACUCGUCUUCUGAUGUCCCCAUGUAUGGCCGGGGGCGGCUGAACUACCCACUCCCUGAUUUCUCCAAGGUGGGGCCCCGGGUGAAGUUCCCCAAAGAUGAAAGCUACCGCCCCCCCAAGUCCAGGAGCCACAAAGGGCAGCCUCAGGGCCCUGCCAGGCCCCUGAUCUUCAAGUCCCCGGCAGAGAUUGUGCGAGAGGUCCUGCUGAGCAGCGGAGAAGCCUCCCUGGUGAAGGACCCCCCUCCAGCCCACCCCAUCACCAGGGUACCCCAAGAGUUUCAGACACCAGAACAAGCCACUGAACUAGUCCACCAGCUGCAGGAGGACUACCACAAGCUACUCACCAAGUAUGCAGAGGCCGAGAACACCAUCGACCAGCUGCGCCUCGGGGCCAAGGUGAACCUGUACUGGGACCCGCCCCAGCCCAGCCACAGCACCCAGCACAAGGGGAGGCCGGUGCAGGGGGCCCAGGCCUUGUCCUUCACCAUUCCGCAGCCCCGCUCAGCACAGUGGUGGCCAGCCCCCGCCACGGACCCCCAGAGCUCGGAGGCCUCAGGGUGGCCAAUGGCUCAAGGAGACCUGGCUACCCCCUCGCCCCCCAGCCUGCCCACCCCGGGCUGGCUCCCAGAAGACCAGGCCAUCGCCCCAGAGCAGCCCUCUGCGGAGUGGACCGAGACACUGGCUUCUCAGGCCCAUCGGAUUCUGGCCCAGGUGGACUCCUUCGAAGGGCUGAUGCAGGCAGGCCAGCUCACGCCCCGGAACCAGCUCAAGGGCUUCCAGCGGCUACAGGCUGCCCACAGGGCCCUGGAGGAGAAGUACCUGAAGGCCAGCAGGGCGCAGCACCUGGCCCGGCAGCUUGCGGGCUCCGAGGGGACACCUGGGAAAUUUGAUCCUGGCAGGGAGCUGGAAACGAAGAUCUACCAUCUGGGAACUCGUCUGGGAGAGCUGAAGGACCUCAUGGACCAGACCCAGCAAGCCCCUGAGCUGUCUGGGUGCGACUCAGCUCCGGACAGCGCGCCAGCUGUGCCCUCGUCCCGGCAGCCCAGACAUCUGCCCACCCCUCCGGGACAGACCCCCGCACCAGACAGCCAGACCACCUUUCCGGAGCCUGCCGCCACUGGCCCUGGCCCUGGACCAUUGCACGUGAACGUGGAGGUGACCUCUGGCAGCAGUGAGGUGGGAGACAGGCCCAGAGAGCUCCCAGCCUCGCUGCGGUGCAAGGAGCUGCAGGUGGAGCAAGAUUUCCAAGGCCUCCUGGACCGGAACCUCAGCGUGAAGUCUCUCUCAGAGGUCUUGAGGAUGGAGGAAGAGGAGGAGGAAGAAGAGGAGGAGGAAGGCCACACUCUGGAAGUCGAUGGGCCGGCUCUGGUGCCGGGGAAUGCCGAAGCCAACAGGAUGUGCCGAACGCAGCAGCCAGCACAGGCUGAGAAAGGUCACGGGGUGCCCGUUGAAGAGCCCGUGAAACAGAUGGUGUCCCUGAAGCCACAAGGCCUGCAGACAGCCAUGGCCAGAGAGGGGCACAUGCCAGGCCUGGGCUCUGCUGGGACAGCGACUCUAGGCCCCGGUGUGCCAUCGUCCCCUGCUCUGGGUGCCAAGUCCGAGGCGUCCCAUCAGAGCAGUGCGAGCAGCCUGCCGGGAAGCGGCUUCUCUGAGCGCCUGCUGCCAAAGACUCUGCACCACGCUGGCGGGCCCCACGCAGAGGAGCCUUGGAUGGCAUCCCCCGAGACAGACAGCGGCUUUGUGGGCUCAGAGACCAGCAGGGUGUCGCCCCUCACGCAGACCCCGGAACACCGGCUCAUCCACGUCAGCACCCCAGGGACAUCAAGCCAGCCCUUGACUGCACCUGUGCCUCACGAUGGAGCCUCUCACCCCAAGGCCAGGGGUGCUGCCAUGCCCGGAAGAGCCAGAGAGCCCAGCACGCCCCGGAGCCGAGCCCAGAGGCCCCUCUCCAGCCCCAGCAGUCCGCCGCAGCCCAGGAGAUCCGGCUUCCGCGGGGAACGGGCCCCGCUGGCCGAGAUGGCGACCCCCGGCUCCGAGUUCGAGAGGCCAAAGCAGAGUGCUGGACAGCUCCUCCCCAGCAGGACAAUCAGCCCAGCCCCGACCCCGGCCCCAGCUGCCCCUCUGCCCUGUGCACCUACAACGGGGACCGCCCCCAACUUCCUUGUCAGCAGGGCGGGCCGAGACCAGGCCAUCCGCGAGCUGCAAGAGGAGGUGUCGCGGCUCCGUCUGCGGUUGGAGAGCAGCCUGCACCGACCGCCCCAGGGCAGCCCCGUGCACCCAGCGUCUGCCUCCCACUCCCCUGCCCGGCCCUGGGACCGGCCAUUGGACUCCUCAGCCACCCGGGGCUCCCACUUUGGCAGUAAAUCCACAGAGAGAUUGUCCGGGGAGCCGGGAUGUGCAGAGCAAGCUUCGCCCACAGGAAGGCAGCGACCCAGGUCCUCCUCGGUGCCCCGGCUGCCCCUGGGUUCCGAAUCUGAGCGUCCCUCCCCACAGCUGUUGUCUGAGAAGAGCAGGACCCCCGAGGACGAGGCACAGGUGGCUCGGGACGGAAUGAGAGUGGUGGGCAGCACCAGGCGCCCAGACAGGGUCACCUUCCGGGGCCAGUACACAGGUCAGGAGUACCAGGUUUGGCCCCCCAAGGCUGUCCCGAGAGACGCUGGUGCCGCCUCUUGUCCUAACUGCCAGCCCGCUAGGACCCGUGACUCAGGCGGUGCUGCCACCAAGGACCCCCUGGGGCCCCAUCCCACGGAGACGCUCCGAUGUCCCCUGUGCGGUCAAGUUGGGUUCCCCACCGAGGGAGACAGCUCAGGCCCGGCCACCUCUGGGGCAGAAAAGGCCGCCACGAGGAGAAACGCACCUGCAGCCUCCAGCCCCAAGCAGAGGAGCAAGCGGGCGGGGUCGCCGGCAGGGCCGCCCCCUGGACUGUGGUACCUGGCAGCCACGCCUCCAGCAGCCGCGCCUCCAGCCUUCACCUACGUGUCCUCAGUUCCCGUCAUGCCUUACCCGCCAGCCACCGUGUACUAUGCGCCCCCAGCAGCAUCUACCUCAGCCUCCUCGGGCACAGCCUGCGGUCGGGCAGCCCGGGGGCCCCGGCACUCCGUCCAGCUCGACCCGGGUGACCUGGAGGAACUCAGCAGGGCCCUGAGCCAAGCCGUGCGGGUCGCCGAGAGCGUCCGCUCCGCCAGCCGCCAGAUGAGCCGCUCGCUGUCGGCCGACCUGCGCCAGGUCCGCGGCCUGCGCGGUUCCUGCCUCUUCUGACUCUCUCUGGAGGCUCCGAGCCAGAUGGGGACAAGAGGGCAGGUGCCCCUGUGGUCCCCCAGGCCAGGAGUCAGCUGCAACCACUGAGGCCCACGUCCCGGGCAUGGUCUCCCUCCAGCACAGGCCCCGCCUGCCCUGUCUGCCUGCAUCCAAACUGGAUGGGGCCUUGGCCUGGUCUCCUAGGGCAGUAACUUCCCAGGGGGACCAGCCCCCCAGGGAUGCUGUGACCAAGCCCACCUGCGCCUAGUGGCACCUCUGGGACUCUCCUGGUCCUGCACAUGUGCCCCUCCUGUGAAUAAGAUGUCUUUUAUACACAGCUGGACAGUUUUCUAAACUGGGGCGUUGUCCUGGCCUUGAAUUCCCCUUAGGGGGAAAGGCCAGACCCCUGGAGCAACCCCCAGCCCCCACCUCUGAGCGUUUGGUACCUGUGGGCCAUCUUAGGACGUCGGAGCCCCAGCGGGACACAUGCCCUCUUCUCCCAGGCUGCACAGGCCUCUCCGUGGGCCUCCUGGGAUGGACACCACCCCGUCCACACUGUCCCUCUCGGUGUGUCCUUCCGAGGCCCCAGCUCUUCCCAAGAUGCCAGCAGCGUUGAGAGUGGCCAGCUGCAUGCCAGGCCCCGGUCUGGGGCAGGACUGUGGCUGUGAGGCCUGGCCAUCUCCCACUCCCCACCCCAUAGCAGCGCAUACCUCAGCAUUUCUGGAAUGUGUGUGCAUCAGUUGAUGUGUGUAUAUUUGAGGCAUUAAAAAAUCUAUUUUCAUUAUAAGAGCAAAUGAAGAAGAAAUGAAUGAAUAUUAAUCUUCCGAAAAAGCUGCCCAUGUCUGAGAGGGUGCCGUCGGCCUGGGGUUCCUAAAGUCCAGUUUGCAGAUGGGAGGUUGGUUCCCCGGGCCGGCUUCCCCAGCACACCUGUUACAGGUGUGUGCACCUCCUGACUCUGCCUGCCUCCCCCUGUGCUUAUGUCUCCCAGCCCUCCCCCUCUGCUUAGCUCAGCACCACAAACCUUCCAGCUAGGCAGGUGUGCGAGGAGCGUCCAUCUGGCCAAGCUGCCAGGUACUGAGGGCCAGAGAUAGCACGAGAUACACAGCAAGCUGUUGUUUGCAGAAGCCUUAGCCUGGACUUCUCCAGCGCUGCUUUCGGUUGCAAACACAGCUGCCGCUCCCAGAACACCUGCCGGACCCUGAUCCCAGAGCUAAGCACCUGAUGUGUCCUUGAACCCGCCUGCCCCCAUUUCACGGAGGAGCAGAGUGAGGCUGCACGGGGCCUCUGCCAGAGCUGGCUGGGGAGAGCGCCGGACUUUGCCCUCCUGUCUAUCUGAUGCCCCGGGCCAUAGGAUUUGUGCCUGUGUCUUGCUCCCUGGACCUGCUUGGUGUUUUUCUUUGCAGCCCUGACCCCUCUCCACCUGGUGUCCUCACCCAUCGCCCUCAUUGCUCUGCUCUCACGUCCCCGGCUCACCAGGACUUGUGUCUGUUUCCUUGAGUGGUCUCAGCAGUGGCAUCCCACCGGAAGUACAGCAACAUAGAAAGAUUUCGCAUAGAUUCUGAGCCCCAUGUCCAGACCCUCUGGGCACCGAGAGGCACCUCUGUCCACCUGUGUUCUGAGGACACCAGGCUGGGAAGUGGGGGACCCGGGGUGUCCUUGGCCACAGCAGUGGCCACAGCUGAUGGAGUCUUGGGCCUGGGGGCUGUGCUCUGAGAGGGAAGGCCCAAAGGGCGCAGGUGCAUAAAGUCACAGGAAUGGGCUUGGGGCCUGGGCUGCAGAUCCUGCACUGGUGGCUGAGGCAGCCACACACAGGCCUGGACGUGUCAGCCCCAACCCUCCUGCCAGCCGAGUGGCGCUGCUUUCCCCGCUCCAUGGCAGCCUGUGGAUCAGUGGCCCCCUGUGGGGUCUGAGAGUAGCUGCAAUUCCAGCAUCCGGUUCCGGCCUCUCUGCCACCAGAGUAUGCCAAGCCUCAGGCUGCACCCCAAGGGCCCCAAAUCAUCUCCAGGUGUCUCAGGUAGGCACCCUGAGGACACUUGCAUGGAGGGACCCAGCCCCUCUGACCUUGGCCCCAAGUCCCCUGCAUCACCCCGCCUUGCCUGGGCAACCUCCUGCAGCCAGGAUGCCUGGCACAGCCUCCUCCCAGGCCUUCCUGCCUCCUGUCGGGCCCCUCCCCAAUGUCUGAUUGCCAGUCACAGCUUUCCGGUGUGGGGGCACCCGCAGCACAGUGGUGAUUGGCGCCCAGCCUGGCCUAUGUGCCGGGUACUCCAGCAGGGGC